AAGAGACAUUUCAUGAAACGCAAAGUGAAAGAUCGGAGCGUUCGCUGGCGCUGCACACGGAAAGGCUGUGACCAGUCUCUAUCUGUUAGGAAAGGUACAUGGCUGGAAGGCACCUCGCUUCCUCUGCGAACUAUCCUCCUUUUCUUGUAUUCUUGGGUGAAGAAGCUGACCACGAUACGUUAUUGUUAUGAAGAGCUGGGUGUGAGUCACACUGCAGCUGUUGACUACACCAGCUGUUUAAGAGAAGUCUGUGCAGAGGACUUACUCUUCAACCCAGUUCAGAUAGGUGGUCCUGGGAAGGUUGUCGAGAUAGACGAGACAGUCUUCUCGAGGAGGAAAUGUAGACUUGGAGGUCGGCCGCCCCACCAGUGGGUCUAUAAAGGAGUGUGUCGCAAGGCCAAGCAGGUUUUUCUCUAUACAAUAACAUGUCGGGAUCGCGACACACUCGAAGAAUGCAUCCGCCAAUCGGUUCUCCCCGGAACCACGGUCAUUAGUGAUCUGUGGAGAUCUUACUCUCAUAUUCCGGAGAUCGAGGGUUAUCAAUUUCGCCAUAAAGCAGAGAAGCACGGUGCUCUGGAAGGCCCUUGGGCCUGUGUUAAGCAGAGUUCUAUGAUUGACUCCGGUCUCUGUGAAAUUAUGUGGCGCAAAAGGUACGAAGGUUGCGAUCUUUUUGAAAAACUGUUAGCGGGGAUUGCAAGAUUUUAAAAUCUUGAUUGUAUAUAUUCGUGGGGGGCGAUUUUUCUUUUUUU